AACAAUGAAUUAAAAAAAGUAGCAUUUUUAUUUAAAAACUCCAAAAAUAUUACUUUGUCCUUAUUUAAAAUAAUUUAUUCCACUUUAUCAUUAAUUUAUGUAAGACGAAGAAAUAUUAUAUUUAACAGGAAGCGAACCUUUAACAAUAGAUGAGGAGCUAUAAAAUUAAGAAUCUUGGCUGAAAGAUGAAAGUAAAUAUACAUUUAUAAUAUUUUAAAAAGAUGAAAAUAUAAAACUUCAUUAUGAUGAUUUUCCUGAAGAAACAUAUAAUUAUAGAAUGGUCGGAGAUAUUAAUUUGUUUUUUCAUUCAUAUAUUGAAGAAAACGAAGCAGAAAUAGAUGUUAUGAUCGCAGAUAAAUAAGCAAGAAGACAAGGUUUAGCUCAGCAAGCAGUAGAAAUUAUGAUGGAUUUCGGAAUGGCAUAUUAUAAAAAAAAUAGAUUUAUUGCUAAAAUUAAAAAUGAUAAUUAAAAAUCAAUUAAAUUGUUUGAAAAAAUUGGAUUUUUAAAAUUUGAAGAAGUUUAAAAAUUUAAUGAAGUUCAUUAUUAAAUGAUUUUUAGUGAUAUUAUGACUAUGGACUAGUUUUAUUAAAAAUAUUAACAUAUCAGUAAUGUUUAAAUUUGAUAUAUAAGAAAUUUUAUUUUUAAAGUUGAAUUUAUAAA